ACACAGUACAGUCAGUCGUAUGGUGAAUACCGCAGAGUGAAGACAUAAGUUUGAAAGCAACAAGAUCCAAGGAAAAUCAAAGAAAAAGAAAUUUUAAUAAUGUCACGCCAAAUCGACACACCUGAUAGCUUGAGCUACCAAUUCUUCCCAGUGUCCGGAGGAGUAUUUACUUUCAAAGUCCGCUGUGGCCAUGAUGCCCAUUUGGCCUUGGCCCCUGCCCCCGUUGAGGCUGAUCCCAUGUAUGAAGUCUUCAUUGGUGGCUGGGAGAACAGCAAGUCUGUCAUUCGUAAGAAUCGUCAAAAGCCCGAUGUGGUAGAAGCCCCCACUCCUGGCAUUUGCAAUGCUGGCGAAUUCCGCGGUUUCUGGAUCCGUUGGCACGACAAUGUCAUCGCGGUUGGUCGCGAGGGUGAGGCUUUGGCUUUCAUGACCCAUUCCGAUCCCGGUUUGUUCCCCAUACAAUUCGUUGGUAUUUGCACCGGCUGGGGAGCUAGCGGCACUUGGUUGAUUGAUGAUGAACCUCCAGCAGCCGCGGUAUCUGCUCCCAUGGGCUUUUCCGCACCCAUGCCCGGCGGUGGCAGUGGCCACUGGGUACCAGCUGAAGGUGGCAAUGUUCCUCCCCAAGCUGUGCAAGGUGGUUUCGAUGGCAGCGAGCAAUUGUAUAUUGCACGUGCCCAACACGAAGGCGAUCUUGUUCCCGGCAAGCUACAUCCUUCCCAUGGUGUCUGCUAUGUAGCCUAUGGCGGUGGCGAACAUGGACACAAUCAAUAUGAAGUAUUAUGCGACGGCCAUGGCUUGUGGGUCCCCGUCAACGAUGGCAACAUUCCAGCUAAUGCCGUGCAGGCUGGUAACUCUGCCGAUGGCGAACCUUUGUUUAUUGGCCGUGCCACCCACGACGGCACCAUUACUGUUGGCAAGGUACAACCCUCCCAUGGUUGUUGCUACAUUCCUUAUGGCGGUGAAGAGUUGGCCUACAAGGAAUUCGAAAUCUAUGUUGAACAAUAGAUAUGUCACUGCGCAAUACCCCCCAAAAAAAACCCAGCCCUAUAGAAGACACCCUUUGGCACUCUAAUAGGAUAAUUUCGCACAAGACUCCAGUCAAUUUUGUUGUUAUGUAGCAUCACCAGCAGCAGUAUUAGCGCUUGCUCCAAACAAAUGCUCAUACAUACAAACAAACAUAUGCCUCCCUCGAAUUACACUCGAAGUUAUAUUCUGUUGUUAGCAGAAGUCAAUUAAAAAAAAACUCAAGAAUCUUAUUUAUAUUAAAGGUAUUAAUUUAUAUACACAUAUAUAUAUAUAUGUACAUAUAAUUUGCAAAAUAUUUGUCAAUAAUAAAGAUGAACAAAAUGUC